CUUUAAAAGUCAAAUGUGUUUCUGAGGCAUGGGACAUGGGUCAUUGUUUGAACAUUGUGGUGUUUUUCAUGGACCCUUUAUUAACGCGACCAUCAAAAUGAUUCUGCCAGAUCGGGCAACAAUAGCCGCCCGAGUUUGUUUGUGGGUGGGCCAGCGCUCUGGCCCCAGCCCAGCCAGGCAUGGAGUCGGCUUGAGGCUUCAACCUGCCUUGUUCUGCCUUCGCCGCCUGAAUUCAAAUAUGGGCGCCAUCUCAGCUUCUUUCGUCGGAAUCAACCUUAACCGUACCUAGUACCUCGAGACUAAAGUAACUGUUCCCUGAACCAUCCAAGCGCCAACUGACAACUGAACUGAACAGAACUGACCUGACAAUCGCCUUCGGUCAAAGUGGGUGAGAAUCGUGUCCGUGGUGUGCAUCGCGUCAACCAUUGCCUUCGCCGAGCCUAUUGCCAUUAUGACGGGGUCGGGCCCAGAGCCGGCGGAAUGGGCGUGUCUCCGACGGGAGGAGCCGGAUUUGUUCCACUCCUUGGUGAAAAUGCACCUGUCCAUUCUCCUGGAUUUGGCCACCGACGAUUGCGAUUGUAGUCAUAUCCACGGCCACGCCCACUCCGUCGGUGGUAGUACACCCGGCGGGAAAGAGGGUGGCGUGUUCAAGCGUCGGAUUUUCACGCCCAAGAAGAGGAGCAGCCACGCCUCACAUGUGGGCGUGAUGGAAGGCGCCGCGCUAACUUUGGAGGGCGUGUGUCAGGUCUAUCAACUCAUCGCCUUUUUGCAGCGAGACGCCCAUUUGCGGGUGGAGGGCGUGUUCCGGAAGCACGGAAAUCUGAAGAAGCAGCAAUUGUUGAAGGAUCGGCUCAAUCGGGGCGUGUCCAUGGAUCUGGAUGAUGGCACGUUCUCGGUGCAUGAAUGUGCGGCCGUCUUGAAGUCGUUUCUAGCCGAAUUAGCCGAACCGCUCUUGACGGACGCCCAUUACCAGGCCCAUUGUCAAGUGGCUCAGAUGGGACGCAGUGCGGGUCCGGAUGGCCAAGAAGAAGUCAGGGCCAAACGGAUCCAGUGUCUGCAGCUCUUGUUCCUGUUGAUCCCCGAGGCCAAUUACAGUCUGCUGAAGGAUCUCUUGCCGCUCCUGCAUAAGGUACAUAAUCAUAGCCCCAAGAACUUGAUGCCGGCUCAAAAUUUGGGCACCAUGUUUGCCCCGCUGAUUUUGUGUCCCCGGAAGUUGUCGGCCGAAUCCAUGCAAUCCAACCACCAACUGCUGUCCGAAGCCGUGGCUUUUAUGAUUGAAGCUGGUCCUCGGAUAUUGUUUGAAUUGCCCGUGAAGUUGCAAGAGGAUAUCAAAAGCCACAUUCGACAACGCCCCCACCGCCAAGUGACGCCCAAGAAGCAUUACUCUUCAGAUGAUAAGCCUCAAUCGCCCGUGGUCAACACCAUUUUCACGUUUGUGGAUCGCGAACGCACCCAUCGCUUGGCUCACGAAUUCUCAUCGGAAUCGGCCAUCGCCGAGCUCUACGCCCAUAUCCAGAGUAUGCCCGAGUCUGCCCAAAAGAAACGGUUGGUGAACAAGUUGAAUGAUGCCAAUGGCCAUGGUACUCCGGGCAUCAUUCGAAGUGGUGCCAAUCGAUUAAAGAGCGGAGGUGAAGGUAUUCGUAAUCUGCUCACGCCUCGACGAUCCAAUAAAGUACCCGAGCCCAAAAUUGGACGCAAUGGUAGCUACAGCUUCAAAACGCCUAAUCAGCCCAGGCAAAUCUUGCACUCGUCCUUCCGGCGACAGAUACCCGAAGAUCACACCAAUCAAAAGCUUCUUUCACCGCAAUCUUCUCCCGCUAUUCUUGUGUCACCCGAAACGAUCGACUCGAUUGUUAAGAAAAACGAAGACAAUCUAGACGGCAGUUACGUGGCGCCAUCCACGCCGUUGAGGACGUUCCGGUCGGCCCCGCCCCCGGUACCAGAAAGGGUGAGUUCGUUGGAGUCCACCGAAGAUUCCCCGAUAACCACAUGUACCCAAAAAAUGUCGUUGGAAAUGAAGGAGAGUAUGAUGACCCCACGUUCUCGUAAGCCUGUGCUCUCCGUUUCGACCGUGAUUCUAGAGCCAGAGGACUCAGAGUUCAAAGUGCCCCCCUCGAAAUCGGAUCUCGAUGGGCCAUGUCAACCUCAAAAGUACAACGAGGAUGAGCCGGACCUUGUCCAUGGAAGCCCAGCCAAGCAUGGGCCAUCCUCCUCCGAUUCCGAUUCCGAUGACUAUUUCGCCUCAUUAGAAAGUGAUGAGGAGUCGCCCAACAAAUCCGUGGGCGAGUCUAUUCGCUCAGAAAAAAGUAUCCUCGCGGCAGAAAAGGAAGAUAAAAGUAAGGUUUACACCUCGCGAUCCCUGCGCCAAGAGUUUCACCGAUAUCUCGAAGAAAAUGACAUCAUACAGACCCCACCCCAAGAAACAGCCUCUAAUCCUGCUAAUGACUCUUCCGUUUCUGUGACAUCUUCAGUUAUCAGUCAAGAAGCCCGGCUGCUUCUGAAUGGCGAGCUCUCACUCUCCGACUCCAUGCAAGCGGUUUUGGACGGGGAUAAUCCCAGUGACUUGGACAAAUCCCAAACCGACGAAGAAGUCGGAGAGGAUGACGAAAUCGUUGUGGUGAACCCGAGUGUCCUUGUCCCGAUCAGUGUGGAUAGCUCUUAUAGCGAUAAAGAGAAUGAUUCCAGCUACAAUUCGGCCCACUCCUCUUCGGAUGUGUCGAGUUACUCUUCAGCGAGUACCCUUCCCUACACUAGCCUUCCCACUGACAUCCCUCUUCCCACUUUCGAGAAUCGUCGGAAAGAGAUCGCCGUGCAGCACUUGGAAGUAACGGGCUCGAACAACCGUAAGCGAAGAUCUCUGACUGAAACGGGAGACUUGAACCCCAUUGCACGACGAAAAACCAUCCCUGGCAAAAGAAACAUCUACUUUGAAACGGAUCUGUGAGGCGAGAAACGAUUGGUAAUCUCGUGGCAAUAUCAUUCAUUCCAAACGAAGAUUUUGUACAUAUCUAUUGAUCUACCUUGAAGAACUCUGUCCCUAUUGUUGAAUAUUUUGGUAUUCCAAAUAUAAAAAGAAGCUCUUGACUUGUUCACUUUCCUUGCGUAGUCAUAUCUUCUAAAGAUAUCUCAACCGGAUUCUUGUUGCUUUUUCAGA